AUGGGAGGAGGACAAUUCAAACAGCGCCUGACGCAUGGCGUUCAGGUGUGCGACUACGCGCUCGUCUACGCGGAGAAGAAGAACGACGGCGAAGCGCCGUACUCGGUCUCCUUCACCGCGACGCAGAGCGGCGACGUCAUCGUACAGCUGCACCCGCACUCGCAGCUCGAGCGCGCUGGCCGCGGUGCCAGGGGCCGUGCCGAUGCUGGACCCCGUCUCGUUGACAAGAACGCGCUGUCCGCGCGCGGCAGCGGGCCCUCGCGCCAGUCGCGCUCGCCGUCGCCCGACUCUCCGCCCGCCAAGCGGGCCGCCUCCGCUGACUCGUCCGGCUAUGAAACCGAUACGCCGGACGAGGUGCAGCAGGAGGCGGUCCGCAGGGUAUGCGGCGCGCUCGGCAUGAGGGAGCAGUUUGAGGCGGCGAUGGCGGCGGGCGAGCUGCUCGAGAUGCUCGAGAGCUUGCCGCGAGGGGCGGUCGAGGCCUCUGUCCGACAGAUGCGGGGUUACAACCGCACGGGCGAGUGGCCAGAGCCCAUUCUCACCAGCCCUGCCCCGCAGCGCGGCCGCUCGCCAAGCCCCGUCGAUGAGUGGUCAGAUGGAUUUUGGAAGGACGCGUGCCUGCUGAUGAAUUUCUUUUUUCUGUGCACGGAGCUAACCUCCAGACUACUGUCUGCGCCGCGACUACUGUCGACGAUCGCCCGCGACUACGACGUUGUUGUCUGCGGCGGUGGCGUCAUCGGCGCCUCGGUGGCCUACCACACAAUCUUGGCCGACCCUCGUCUGCGGGUCUGCGUGGUCGAGAGGGAUGUGCGCUACACGCACGCGAGCGCGAUGCUCUCGGCCGGCGGCAUCCGGCAGCAGUUCUCACUGCCUGCCAACAUCCAGCUCUCGCUCUACGGCCUCGACUUUCUCCGGCGCGCCGCCUCGGACCUGUGCGUGCCGGGAGAGGAGCCGCCCGACCUGCAGUUCAAGGAGCAGGGCUACCUGUUCCUCGCGAGCGAGCAGGGCGAGGCGACGCUGCGGCGCAACCACGCCACCCAGCGCGCCGAGGGCGUCGACUGGAUGCGCCUGCUCGACCCAGACGAGCUCGCGACUCGCUUCCCUUGGAUGGACGUGGGCGGCGUGGCGCUCGGCUGCCUCGGCGAGCACUCGGAGGGGUGGUUCGACCCGUGGGCGCUGCUCACCGCCCUGCGCUCGAAGGCGCGGUCCCUCGGCGUCACCUUCCACGCGGGCGAGGUCACUGGCUUCGAUCUCGAGCGCACCGCGCCAGGUGCGAUUCGUGCCGUCCGCGUCGCCGACGCUGAGGGCGGCUCAUCGCUCCUUGGCGCCCGCGAGGUGGUGAACGCGGCGGGGGCCUUCGCCGGCCAGCUGGUCGGGCUGUGCGGCGCCGGGGUGGCCCCUCUCCCCGUCGCCGCGCGCAAGCGCGCUUUGAUCCCAAUCACGACACAUGUGUGA